UGGCUGAAACUUGCUUUUGCUUCCGGUCAAACAGCACCGGAUCCGGACCUCGCAGCGGUGUGAACAGCUCCGCGCGAUGGAGAGCAUGGAUGAAAAAGAGGCUUGGGCUGUGGUCCCAGGUGCAGAACAGCUGGCGCUACACGUGUGUACCUUCAUCGCUACCACUGGCCUAGUUGGAGUGGCCACCUGGUUCAUUUGCAGUCGCAUGACCUCGUCCACAGGCGGUGCGGCGGACGACUUCUUUGCCGGUGGCCGGUCCUUGCGGUGGUACGUGGUGGCUGGCUCGCUGAUGUUGACCAAUCUCUCGACUGAACAGCUCGUCGGACUUAAUGGCUCUGUUUAUAAGGAUCAAAAUCUCGCGGGCAUCUGGCUGGAAGCGGGAGCUGCAAUCGCAAUGAUCAUCACAGCCACCGUGUUUUUGCCGCGCUACAUGUCCUUGGGUUUGACCACCACUUCUGGUUUCUUAGGUGAGCGAUUUGAUCUUUUUACCCGAACCAUGGGAUCUGUUCUUUUCCUGCUCUACUAUGUCUUUGUGCUUUGCCCUAUUGCACUGUACACGGGGGCUUUGGCCAUUCGAAAUAUCUUUGACCUCCAAUCGCUGCCCCUUUGGAGCAUCAGCGCAAUCAUUGGCACAUUUGGAGCCUGUUAUGCCCUCUUUGGUGGAUUGAAGGCCGUGGCAGUUUCCGACUGCCUCAAUGGCAUUGGUUUGCUCAUUGUGGGCAUCUGGGUGCCAGCAGCUGCGCUUUAUCAGCUGGGUGGUGUUUCCGAUCUUUUCCAUGAACCUGAAGUUUUGAAACCCUUGGUGGAGCACAGUGUCCUUGCACCCUGGCAUGUGAACUUCAGUGGUUUGUUCCUCACCAAUGUUUACUACUGGUCAACCAAUCAGGUCAUCGUUCAGCGAGCCUUGGCCGCUCGUAGUCUAGCGGAUGGUCAGAAGGGCGUUCUCUUCGCGGCAUCGAUGAAAGUGGUGGGUUUUAUUUUUUUGUGCCUUCCGGGUACCAUCGGAUUGCUUCUGGUCCGACGGAAUGCCAGCAUUUCGCGCAAUGGAGAACCCUUCACCGUCCCGAAAAACGACGAGGUGUAUCCUGAGCUGGUGAAAGCCGUUAUGCCCCUGUGGUCCCUGGGCUUCUUUGCCGCGGUCCUGGUGGGCAGCGUGUUGUCGUCCUUCAACUCUGCGCUGAAUUCGGCGGCCACCAUCUUCGGGUUGGAAAUCUACAAGGUCUACAUCAACAAGGAC